AUGGCGAAUCAGUCGACACUCAAACUUCGUGAAAUUACUCCAGACGACAUCCCCAAGAUCACUGAAGUCUGGUUCCGCGCAUUCGGUACGCCACACAACCUGGAGUUAUUCCCUGACACCCCCGCCGUGCGCACGUGGUGGAAUGAAGCCAAUUACUAUGACCUCGUGAACAAGCCAUACCAGAAGUAUUUGAAGGUAGUCGAUCCCGCUCGCCCCGGCGAUAUCAUCGCAUACGGGAAAUGGGACCUGCAGCCGGAUCAGUGUGGCGAACGAUAUCCGCCAUGGCAUCCGGAGUCAAAUGCCGAGCUCUGUAACCAGUUUUUCGGGGGGAUAGUGAAUCAGCACAGGAACUUGAUGCAUGGACGCAAGCACUACUACCUUGAUAUGCUGGCAACCAAUCCUGAAUAUCAACGGCAAGGUGCGGCUUCCCUGUUGGUGCAAUGGGGAUGUGAUCUAGCUGACCGCAACGGGGCCGCAAUCUACGUAGCCUCCAGUAACGAGGGAGUUGGGCUGUAUCGAAAAUUUGGAUUCGAGCUGCUGGAAGGCCUUGACGGUACUCCUGAAGGAGCUAAUCCCAUGGUCAGAGAGCCGAGGAUGGCAAACUGA